AUGGUUAGCAUCAAUAUAGGACUUCAAAGUUUGCAAAUUUGUUCAGCUGAAUGUAGCGAAGAAAACCACCGGCAAUGUAUUAAGAAGCUUGGCACCCUGCUUCCACAAUGCGAAUGCCAGGCAGGCUACACCUUGAAGGAUAACAAAUGUCAAGAGUGUGACUUUGGAUACAGUGGAGUCGACUGCAAGGACAACAUUAUUCUGAUCUUCACUGUGGCGUGUGCCGUUGGUGGAGCCAUCCUGCUGGGCACGAUAAUUGGGUUGAUUGUCUUAGCCAGAUCAAAAAAGAAGGCAAAGGAUGGAGAAAGGGAGGAUCUGAUUUCCAGAGGCUUCAGUAAUAUGAGAUUGGAGACUACAGGGUUCAACAACCCAGGCUCCUCCCCUGGGGGCCUCUUCCCCAAGGUCAAUGCUACUCCGUUUCCCAGGGUCCAAAGCAGUAUGAGAAGUAACCCCUAUGAUGAUCCAUAUUCCCGAAGGUCUAUACCUGUACGAGAUUAUUAGGCUGAUAAAACCCAGAAGCCCACAACCAUUCAUCAAUGAACCGUGGUCCAGUGUAAUCCAAUUGACAACUAGUAGAGGAAGAGAUGGCACGCGAAGAGACUGCAUGUACAGCUUAUCUUUCUCUGAGAUUUCUACUAUUUAGAAGCUGCAACUGGUCAAAAUGACCACUUUUCACUAAAUAAGCAGAUGUUAUUGAGUUUGUAAGGCUGCUGCUGUUGUUUUUGAAACCAAUACAAAGUAGGGGCCCAGUCAAACCCUGCUGAGGUACCCCUCAUGUGGACACUUUAGAAGUGAGAGUCCUUUCCAUACUGUCAUUCCCGUCCUACUCAGAUGCACUCGGCUCUGUUCCCUUCUGUGAGACAGGUGCUCUUGGGAGUCUUCGACUUGAUGGUAACAAGUCCAUUAGGCUGCCUCAGGAGAAUUGCAAGGGCAUGGGAGGUCAUGAGGAGACAACAUGUUGAAAAACCAGGUGACGAAAAUGACCUUAGUAUCUUGCUUUUUGUUUAUAUUAUAUUGGACAGACUUCUUCUAUAACAGGUGCUCCCAACCUGGGGAAUACAUGCUCCCAGGGGGUGUAAGAAGCUUGCCAAAUAGAGUAUAGGGAGUGUGAGAAAUUUUGACCUUACAGAAUUUAAUGUUUUAUUUGUCUGCAUAUGCUUGGUGAACUCUAGAAUUUACUUCCUUUCAUAUUGAAUAGGCAGUCUGGGAAGGUUUUUCUUAAAUGCAUAUGCAUGGUAAGUU